AUGUCCACCACUGCUCCCUCGUCUGCCAUCGCUCGCAGCCACUCAACCUCGUCCCGCCCACCGUCUUAUGGGACUGCUACCUCCGACAUCCCUCAUCGGACUCGAAGUGUCGCUACUAGGCCCGCGACUGCAUCCCAGUCAUCCACGCAAUCCCAAAGCAACUCCUCCAGUCGUCAUUCCUAUUCUAAAUCCCAGUCCUAUGACCGCCGACCCCCUACUAACCACGCGGUUUUCGACAACAUAGCCCGUCGGGACUUUGAGUCCUCCCGAAGUGCCCAACCGGUCUCCUCUCGUAGGGAUUCCUCGAGGGAACGUUCCCAGGAGCGCCCAUCGACUGCCCACCGGGCCGAAUCUUCAUCACAUAAACACCAAAGAAAUCUCUCGGUCAAAAGCCAUCAACGGGACAGCAUAGAUAUGGCUUCCGCAGGGCCCGUCGUGCCAGAUGGGGGUGCAGGUCACCACCAGACUGCUUCAGGGAAUCACCUCCACCCAGCAAACUCCGUUCAGUCUAAACGUCGCACAAUGAUCACUACCCCGACCGGUCAGUGGGCGCUAGGAAAAACUUUAGGCGCGGGAAGUAUGGGUAAGGUGAAAGUGGGAAAGAACAUGGAAAGCGGGGAACAGGUGGCUGUCAAGAUUGUGCCUAGGCAGUCGACCGAGGAACAUCGAAACGCACGCGAAGCCGAACGGGCAGAUCGCUCAAAGGAGAUUCGAACUGCCCGUGAAGCCGCAAUUGUCAGUCUCGUGAACCACCCCUAUAUCUGUGGCAUGCGUGAUGUGGUGCGGACCAAUUAUCACUGGUACAUGCUUUUUGAACUUGUCAACGGUGGUCAGAUGCUUGACUACAUCAUCUCCCAUGGCAAGCUGAAAGAAAAGCAGGCGAGGAAAUUUGCCCGCCAGAUCGUCAGUGCGCUCGAUUACUGCCAUCGCAAUAGCAUUGUGCAUCGUGACUUGAAAAUCGAAAAUAUCCUAAUCAGCAAGACUGGCGAUAUCAAGAUUAUUGAUUUUGGUCUCAGCAAUCUUUUCUCUCCUAAAAGCCUUCUCAAGACAUUCUGUGGUAGUUUGUACUUUGCCGCUCCGGAACUGUUAAAGGCAAGAGAAUACACUGGCCCAGAGGUGGACGUCUGGAGUUUCGGUAUCGUCCUCUACGUUCUGGUUUGCGGAAAAGUUCCUUUCGAUGACCAGAGCAUGCCAAAGCUCCAUGCAAAGAUCAAGCAGGGCGUGUUUGAGUAUCCUCCUGGGCUCUCAACAGAAUGCCGCCAUAUUAUCUCACGCAUGCUGGUGACAGACCCCAAGCAGCGCGCCAGUUUGGCCGAAAUAAUGAACCACCCGUGGAUGAACAAAGGAUUCAGCGGCCCCCCCGACAACCACCUGCCCACCCGUGAGCCGUUACAACUUCCAUUGGAUCCCAACGUUGUCGAGAAGAUGACAGGCUUUGAUUUUGGUCCAUCGGAUUACAUUACCGCACAGCUCACUAAGAUCAUAGAAUCGGAAGAGUACCAACAUGCUGUGGCAGUCAAUUCCCGGGAACUACCACACCCAACCCAUUCUGACAAGAAGCGCGGUGUGUUUGACUUCUAUAAAAGACGAAACUCAGCUAGCAGAGACACUCUUUCGGCACCUUCGGCCGAAGCUGUUCAACUGGGGAAUGAUCCCUUGAACGCGUACAGCCCCCUCCUCUCUGUAUAUUAUCUUGUGAAAGAGAAACUAGACAGAGAGCGAGGAGAGUCCAACCCAGGAGCUCUUGCCAUUCCCCACGCUCCUAGCGACGCCAUGCUCCAAGUGCCCGAUCUCCCGGCCCCAGAAGCUGCCCAUACCAAUCAGUAUCACGUCCCUGGAGAGAAAGACACAUCAAGAAGAUCUCGUCCCCGGGCAAGAACACAUGGUGAUGACGAUAUCACGCAAGGCAUGAAAAAUAUCAACCUCAUGCCUCAGCACGGACAAGCAUCUCUUAGCCCUGCUGCUUCCCAACCAGAAACCCCUGCCAAGAAGGAAAGCGCGGCUGCAGGUCUUUUGAGACGCUUUAGCACACGGAGAACUAAAGACCGUAGCCGUGAUCGUGAACGGGGGAGACUUACAAGCCCCCAUGCACCAUCUCUCAACAUACAACCGCCUGCAGAUUCUGCGUCUCCACUGUCUAGAGGAUUCAGCAUGCGGAGAAGCCGUCGCGCAGAGCCAUCGCCAACUACUAUUCCCUCGGCAGGCAGUCAGCCCCAGCAUCAAGACCUCCUUAAAGCACCUGGAUCGUCGGAGCCGGCCUCACGAUCCAACAAGUUCCUGGAGAGGUCAACCAGUGUCAACUCAGCUGACUAUCGCCCACGACGAGCUCGCCGGAACGACCCCGAUGCGGCCAGUCAACCACCGCAGACCAGUGGCUCAGAAUACUCGGCUGUACAAAAGGAAGUAGUAACACCUGGACAGGAACCGAAGGUGUUGACCCGCACACACGCCACCCGAACCAUGUCUCUUGGCCAUGCACGGCGUGAGAGCAUACAGGCACGCAGGGCCCGACGCGAUGCUGCGAGGGAGGCAAAUGUUCCCGAAGAGACUGAUGGUGAGGUGUCUGGAGCAGGCGCUGCCUUGGAAAGUGCCAAUGAAGAAGAUUUAUCCAAGCCAGUUUAUCUGAAGGGUCUUUUUAGUGUCUCAACUACCAGCAGCAAGCCGCUUCCAUUUAUCCGGGCAGAUAUAAUUCGCGUCUUGAAACAGCUUGCUGUAGAAUAUGUGGAAAUCAAGGGAGGGUUCAGUUGUCGCCAUGCACCCAGUAUUGACCUUGAGAAGGUGGUUGAUAUUCAACCUCCGAGCCCCGAGCGACAAGGCCAGGUCGCUGGUCACCGUCGCCGUAUCAGCUUUGGAGGUCUGCUAAAUCACGAUGACCCCCGAGAGGAGGUUCGCAACACGCCUCGUCGUCGCAACCGCGCACCGGAUCGCAGCUUUGUUACUAACUCGGAGGGGUCGGAUGAAUAUCUUGGCAGUCGUGAAAACAACGUAUCCGUUGGGGAUCGAGUCAUGGGGGAGACAACAACCCGGGUUCAAAGUGAUACUGGUGAGAACCUUAUCCUCCAAUUUGAAAUUCUUAUUGUCAAAGUUCCUCUGUUCUCUCUUCAUGGUAUUCAGUUUAAAAAAGUGUCUGGAGGCAUGUGGCAGUACCGGGAGAUGGCAAAGAAGAUUUUGGAUGCUCUAAGACUCUAA